GUAUAAAUAGCUAUUGCUAUACUUGUCAACGCAUUGAGAACAUCGUUUGAAAUUAUUUCAAUGCUUAAAUUACCAUUUAUGCCCUAUUUUAUGAUCAUUUCCAUUCAAGGUUUGACCGUUUUUUUAUCCCCGUUUUAUGGAAAGGUCACUCAGACUCACUUUGGUGUUACGAUAGGGUCAAUGCUUUCUUUCUUUCUUGUGUCCCUUACAUGUGAAAAAUAUAUUCUUACUGCGCGCACACACGCAUGAAAAGAGAAUAAAGAAAUUGAAAAUUAUAGUGUGUUUAUUAUUAUAAAG